AUGGUUUACUUGCUGGAUUUUGUGACAAGACUUUGCUCAACAAAGCAAGACUUUCUUGGUUUACUUACAAUUCAUUGGCUUAAUGGCUCUACAAAGCAACUUAUAUUUUUCUUCCUGCUUGCAAUAUCUCAGAAUCUUUUAAUGGUUCCAAACAACCCAAAUUUCCAACAACAAUUUUCGGGUUUUAGUGAUGAUUUCCUAACUAAUCCCGAGUUUCAAUUGUUCUUGCAAAGAGUGGGCAAUACGUCUUCGCAACCACCUCCACUGCAUCAGACACCCACUGAGUUUCCCCUACAAAACCCUGCUAAUGAAGAUCGUACACCUGAAACUGAUCUUGAUAGUAACACACUCUUCGAUGAGAGCGAAGAGGAAAGUGUACCAGAGACGCCGCAGUAUCCUCCACCAGUUCACAGAUUGGAACCCAACCAGCUCAGCGAGGAAGCUAUUAAAGGUACGAGCCAUAAAGCAACUUCCCUAUGGCGCAAUGUACACGCAGCAUAUCAAAUUGCUCACUCGAAGAAGCCGCAUCUAAUUCCACCAAGACCUAUGAAGAGUCUGACGUCCCACUGGAGAAGGUUGGCAGCAGACGCACUACAGUGGAUUUCUUGCUAUGAUGAAGCGGGUAGACUGUCGGAGGGAGGGAGUGGUUACAACGAAGCUGACCGUUUAAAAAGUGCUUUGAAAUUUUUUCAUCUCUCCCAAGGUUGCAAUUUCACUUAUCAUCACGCAAUUGAAAUUCUUAACAAAGAUCCAAAGUGGAGGCCAAAGGUGAGAUGGUCCAUGUCAAAGAAGGAAAGAAAAGACGCUUGUGAUGUUGAGGAGGAAGGUAGUGCUGGAAGUGGGAAGAGGUCCAGAGAUGAUGUAGGGGAUGAAACCCCUACGGAUGGUUUUUCAUCUGGAGGUUUACAACGACCAGAGGGUGUAAAGAAAGCAAAGGCGAAGCGUAAAGGGAAAGCAGUAGCAACAGAAAGUGGUUCGUCUGAGCUUAGCGAACGAAUGAAGGAAUUCGCUACAAUUCGCGAGAGGGAGGCCAUUCUGAAGGAAGAGGGGAUAAAAAUUGAAAAGUACAAGGAACAGAGGAAAAGGGAGGAACUUGACAUUCACAAGAUGAGAACCAUGUUUGAUAUGCUGCAAACUCUGAAGAAUUCGCCUAUGCCACUGACUCCUCAAGAAGAGGCGUACAAGGAUUUUUUACUGGGUAAAUUACAAGGCUUUUAA